AUGUCGCUCAUCCCAAGCUUCUUUGGCAAUCGACGAAGCAACAUUUUCGAUCCUUUCUCUCUGGACCUGUGGGAUCCCCUUGAGGGCUUCUCAUUCCCCGGCACGGUGGCCAACCUGCCGUCCUCUGCUCGGGAAAUCAGUGCCAUAGCCGGUACCCGUGUGGACUGGAAGGAAACACCAGAGUGUCACAUAUUCAAGGCUGACCUUCCGGGGCUGAGGAAGGAGGACGUGAAGGUGGAGGUGGAAGAUGGAAGGGUUCUGCAGAUCAGUGGGGAGAGAAGCAGAGAGCAGGAGCACAAGGACGACAGGUGGCACCGCAUUGAGAGGAGCACUGGCAAGUUCAUGAGAAGAUUCAGGUUGCCUGAGAACUCUAAGAUGGAGGGGGUCAAGGCUUCUAUGGAAAAUGGGGUGCUCACUGUCACUGUGCCUAAGCAGGAAGAGAAGAAACCUGACGUCAAGCCCAUCCAAAUCACUGGCUAA